AUGACGACAACGGUGCACGUCGACCCAAAUACGCAGACGAGAGAUAGAAAGAGGUCUAUCAUCCGUCUCGCCGUCCCUCGCCUUCCACUAGAACUCUUCGAGCCUAUCAUCGCCCACAUCUCGGACGUCCCCACCCUCCUCGCACUCUGUCUCUCCUCACAGUUCCUCCGCCACGACGCCGGACACUUCUUAUACCACUCUCCCACCUUGUCCACCCCAACAGGCGACCCGAGAAAGCACGACACCAACACCACCUUGCACAUCCGGUUCCUCACUACCAUCACCCAUCCGAGGAACGAGCGCCUUGCGGCGUUGGUCCGUGUGUACCACUCAUACGAGAUCGUCCAGUACCACGAGCGUCCGCUCUGGCCGCUCCUCGUUCAGGGUCUGCGGCGAAUGACGGGGCUGAAAUCGUUGGCGUUAAUGUGUUUCGGGGGCCAUCCGGCCGCGGAGGCCCUCGAAGGCUGUACGUUCAAGUUGCACGAGCUGCAGUGGCUCAACCAUUCCGACGAACAGUGGACGGACUCGGAGAUUGAUGUUCAUCCUGAAGCGUGUCCGGAGCUGUCCGAAUUCGUCUCGAGUCGCACAGGAAUAGAGAAAUUUCUGCUGGGGCAGAAGGUGGUGAUGCUCGCGUGGGUCCCGAAAUGCGACGACGAACGACGCCGGAGUACCCUAGAGGUCUGUGUAUGGGAGGCUCUUGGCGGAGUACGAACGUUCUCGUUCGGCGGGUUCUACACGUGCCCUCAUAUGAGUGUUGUGGCACCGUGGCUGAGAAGUGUGGAGGUAUUGGAGCUUGUCGGGCUGGUUGAUGGGGAGUUGGACGUUCUGCCGCAGAUACCUAACCACCGGGAGGUCGUGCUAUCCUUCAAGUGGAGCUCUUACCGCCUCCCGAUCCCUCUGAAGGAUCGUCCACGCACUAUCCAUCGCCUCUUCAGCCAAUGCGAGAAGCUGGAGGUGGUGAAUAUCGCUCACAGCUGGUCGAAGACGAGGGUGAUUUCGUACGAGCGCAGACCUUUUGAAGUGAUCGCCUUCAUUGAGCAAUCUGGCUUCCAUCUCACACGACUUACGAUUAAGCCGAACCGAGGUUUUUGGGGUAAUGAACACGACACCGAACAGGUCAUAAUAACAAUUUUGGAGCACACCCCAACCCUGAUGGAGCUCAGUCUUAUCAGGGUACCCACCUCGGACGCUCUCUUUGAGCGUCUUGGUGCAUUCGGAGAAGAAUCCGUGUCAGCUCCCAAUGAAGUACGGGCCUCACCAUUCCUUCCCGUCCUCCACACCCUGCUCAUCGAAUGCGCUAUGACCUUCUCGUGGAUGUCCGUAUGUGCCAUAUUUGCCCCAAAUCCCACACCAUGCCGCCCGCACUUGAAGAUAUUCCGCCUCGUCCUGCCUGCGGAGCUGUUCCGGAACACCACCAUUUCCCUGUCACUUCCCAAGCAUGAGGCACAAUUUCUGAGAGACGCACGCAAGAGGUUGGAUGUGGAGAUAUCAAUCAGUUCUGGAGUCGAUUUGCUUCUUUACGAUGAACCCGAGGAAGAUUGA